AUGGGUGUCCUGAAAAAGAAGUCGGCCGCAAGAGGCACCGAAGGUGGAUCAAAAUAUAUUUGUGAUGUUUGUUCGGGCGACAUCACUGCCACUGUACGUAUACAUUGUACUGUCUGCGCGGACUACGACCUUUGCGUACCAUGCUUCAAAGAUGGUCUCCUGUCACGCGACCACAAACCCGCCGAACACGCGUACUCCGUCAUAGAACAACACUCUAUACCUAUUUACGAUCCUGGCUGGGGCGCGGAUGAAGAGCUAUGUCUAUUAGAGGGCGCAGAGAAUUACGGACUUGGUUCCUGGUCAGACAUUGCUGAUCAUAUUGGCGGCUACCGCAAGAAGGAAGAGGUCCGAGAUCAUUAUUACAAGACCUACAUUGACAGUCCUAAUUUCCCGUUACCUGAGCAUGCCGAUCCUUCAGAUAGAAUCAUCAUGGAAGAGAUGCCUAGGGAGAUGUUUCAGGCAAGGAAAAAACGACGGAUAGAGAUGCGCAAAGAACAAGCCAAGGCGGCACCGCCAGCGACGCCGAAGCAGAAGCCCACAGCCUCUGUACCCGCAUGUCACGAAGUCGCAGGUUACAUGCCCGGCCGUUUGGAGUUCGAGACUGAAUUCGCCAAUGAGGCGGAGGAAGCAGUUCAACACAUGCAAUUUGAGCCUGGGGAAGGUGUAAACCCUCGCACAGGUGAACUAGAACCCGAAAUGGAACUCAAAAUGGUCGUCAUGGACAUCUACAACUCUCGCCUCACAUCGCGGGCCGAUAGAAAGAAGGUGAUAUUCGAGCACAGCCUUCUUGAGUACAAAAAGAACACCAACAUCGAAAAGAAGAAGACUAAAGAAGAGAAAACCCUCCUCGACAAGGUCAAACCCUUCGCUCGAAUGAUGAAUCACCAGGACUUCACCGACUUCGCCGCAGGCGUGAACGAAGAGCUCAAUCUCCGGCAAGCCAUUUCGCAAUUGCAAGACUGGCGAAACAUGCAACUCUCCACAUUGAAAGAAGGCGAGAAGUACGAGCAAGAGAAACAGGCCAAGCUAGCGAAGCCACCACCUACUGGCGGCCAAUUCGACCGCCAACCGGGGUUUCGUCCUGAAAAGAAAGCGGAACCAAAAGUCGUACCAGACCUCUGUAUCGAGCUUACCGCAGCCGAGCUCCCGGAGCGGCUCAAGCCUGUCCCACCGCCUCCCCCGCAGCAUCAACAACCACCUUCUUCUCAUCAAAGAGGCCCCCUCACGAACGGCAAUGCAAAUGCCACGCCGGCCCCUCCCCCGGUAGCGCCUCACAAGACAAAGUACAAUAUACAAUCAUUACCGAAUGUACCCCGUAUGGACCUCAAAUCAGAGAAUGCCACAGAUAUACAGCUGUUGACGAGGGAAGAGGAGGAACUGUGCUCAGUACUAGGCAUCAUGCCCAAGCCUUAUUUGGCUAUGAAAGAGGGGAUCUUGAACCUCGCAAUGAAGAAUGGCGGACAAUUGAAAAGGAAAGGUGUCAGGGAGUUAUGUAAAAUUGAUCCGUCGAAAAGCGGGCGAUUAUUUGACUUUUUCGUGCACUCGGGCUGGAUACUCAAGGCAUGA